AUGAAGGACGGAAGUCACCACCAGGACACCUGGACAGCUUUCGCAGUGCAUAGAUCUGAUCCCACUGCGGCCCAUCACCACUACUUGACGCGUCGAAAGGGGUCUUUAGCAACACAAGAUUUGAAUGACACUUUUCCUAAUGCAAAGCGCGGAUGGCCUAUCUUUGGCAAUGAGCAUCGUCCCAGCCUGACAUCCGUCUCAACAGACCGUCAACCCUUAAUGCGAGCGGAGACCUCAUCAUCUAUGGAAUCUCGACAGAUCACCUCAUCUCGCCCGCAACGCUCUUUCAAUGACAAAUAUGGUCGGUGCCUUGAGAUCUUACACUACGGCACCAAGACUACUGUCCGUCUUCACCAAUACACGACCGAAGGGGGCCAACCACAGCGUCUCGUCGCUGUCAAAGUUUACCGACACAACAUUAUAGACUCUUCAAGCCCCCUGCCUUCUUCGUCCUGUGACCCUUCAACCAUCGCCAACCUGCACCCUCAUCACCCCAACAUCCUCACGAUAACCGACCUGCUCUACAAUGAACGCUCCGAGCUCUGUCUUGUUAUGCCUUACUGUGCAGGAGGCGAUCUUCACGAACUCCUCGCCCGCACCGGUCCCCUACCAACACCCGAAGCCGACUGCAUUGCCGCCCAGAUUCUCCGUGCCCUAGACUUUCUCCACCAACAAGACAUAGCACAUCGUGAUAUCCGACUCGAAACAGUCCUAUUGACCAAACAUGGAGCUGUCAAAUUAGCCGGCUUCGGAGAUACCCAUAUUCAGCGCCUUUGGUCAGAAUGCGCUACACCACCGGAGCCAGACGAUGACCUGCCCGAACGCCCACAUCCACAUUCCUCGGCGUCUUGGUCCUUUUCCUGGAUGCUCUCGUCUUUCUCUCGCUCCAGUCCACAUUCACCACGACGUGCCUCUGCAGACUCAGUAAGCUCGUCGGCCUCGUUUCCCGGGAUAAGUCUACCUUAUAUGCCCCCUGAAGGAUUCCGUGUUCGAUCACACCGCGCACAUCGGCAAGAUAGCGACGACGAAGGAGAAUACCACGACCCCCGCCCAGCGGAUAUAUGGGCUACCGCAAUCAUCUACCUGGCUUUAGUCACAGGUCGACUCUUGUGGCGCAGUGCGCGUCCGGACCGUGAAGAUAAUAGGUACACGGAGUACUUGCAGGGUCGCCAUGCAGAUGAUGGAUAUCCGCCGAUUGAGGCUCUGGGAAAUGUAAUGACCGACUCCAUUCGUCCUGUGGGAAGAACGUCCGCUAACCAAUGUGACAGAGACGACGAAAUGCCAUUUACGCAAUGCUACACCCUAAUCCACGGAAACGUAUAA